AUGGGUAGUGUCUUUAUACGCCCUCAUGGGGCACCUAGGCUGCGAAGGGCAGUUUGUCAAUUCUGCGAACGAACGAAACGAACAGAGGCUGUGUCUUACUCGACGUUACAGCGGGCGCCACUUAGAAACGCUCUCCAACAUCCGACUCGCCAUGCCAGUAACACACCAUUGCGACAAGAUUAUGUUCACUUGUUAGCGUCCGAUUCGUCAAUCGUCAAGCCGUUACAGAUUCCUAGAAGACUGUUGUCGUCAACUCCAGACAUAACGACAUCUCUUGCUGAGAUCAAAGAAAAGUCCGAAGCCUUACGCCGUUCAGAUACAGCAGCCCCGGAAGAAGCAGUAAUUGCGCUGCUCCAGCAAUGCCUACAUCAUGUCGAAUCCUUUCUGAAAGUACAGGAGUUGCAUGAGACAGAGAACUCGAAUCCGGCUCCGAAGGUGACUGCGACGAAAUCGACUGCGGCAUCGUCUCUACUUGGCCUCGACGAAAAGCAGGCUACGCCCGGAAAAUUGAGAAUACCUAAGGUGGAAUCUAGGGUUGUGGACUCUAUAUCGCAAAUAUCUACUGAGCUUUUAGUGGAUGAAAAGGUCUUCAUUUCUCCUGAAGUCCUCGAACUAUACACCAAGAUCCACGUCCUCCUCAAGCGGGCCGACUACCUCCCUCAGAUCUUCUCGCUAUACGCCAAUAAACCUAUUCCGGAAGCAAACACAUCACCCAUUAAAUUCCGCCAACAGAACCCCAAUAGCUUGAAGAAUGCCAUUUCGUCAAAGCUUGCAAACGAGGCUUUAGAGAUUGCUUUAGAGCAGAAGAAUCUAUCGCUUGCGCUUGCUAUUAUCGACACGACCUUUUGCGCGCCAGCCUUUACCAGAGCUAAAUUGUUAAAGAAUGCUGCCGUGCCUCUCGCAGGUUUGGCAACUGCGCCUUUGGCAUCGUACGUGGUUGCAACAUGGGCUGCGAAUAUGCAAAACACCAUGGACGAAUCGCUUGCAACGGGAAUCACGUUUACCGCAACGCUGGCAUACAUAGGGUUCACAUCAUCCGUGGGAAUUAUCGCUGUUGCUACAAGCAACGAUCAAAUGGAGCGAGUUUCAUGGGCUCCUGGCAUCCCCUUGCGACAUCGGUGGCUUAGGGAAGAAGAGCGAGGAGCACUUGAUAGGGUGGCUAUGGCCUGGGGUUUCAGAGACCCGUACAGAAGAGGUGAAGAGGAGGGUGAGGAGUGGGAAAGUCUUCGCGAGUUCAUCGGUAUGAGAGGUAUGAUUCUCGAUAGGACAGAGUUGAUGGAGGGUAUGCAGUAG